GCAGUCGCCACUUGUCACCAGUCGAGCAGCAGACGACCCGAUAGAACAAUUGCAGGCAAUGCCUUACGCUCCCGCUAAUUCCUACGAUGGAGAUCUCAAGAUCUGGAGUGGAUCGGAGAUCGAAGAGUACUUUGCCCCGGAUCUGUCCAUUGGGGAGAUUAUCUUCCAUGAGAUGCGGAGGCAUCCAAAGCUGAUUGCCCAAAUAUCCACCACAGAGGAGACAAUCCUCAGCCGAGAGGAGCUCCACUCGAAUGCGAUGCGCGUGGCCUCGUAUAUGCGAUCGAAGGGUCUCAUCCAGUCGGACAUCGUGGGGAUUAUAGCCAGGAAUACCAGCCAUAUCCCUGCCGUCGCGUAUGGCUGCUUCUUCAAUGGCAUCGCCUUCCACUCCCUGAACAUCGCCUACGAUCGGGGCACCAUCGAGAAGCUCUUUUCCAUCACGCACCCACGGAUCAUCUUCUGCGACGGAGACGAGUACGAGAAAGUGAGAGACGCCACACGGGGUAUGGAGGAUGUGGAGAUCGUUACGAUGCGGAACCAUCCGGAGGAUGGAUCGACACCCAUCCAGCAGAUACUCUCAUGCCCCAUCGAGGAGAACUUUCGGCCCGUGCGACUGGAGCAGGGCAUCGAUCAGACCCUGGCGAUACUCUGCUCCUCGGGCACCACGGGCAUCCCCAAAGCGGUGACCAUCACCAACAGUCGACAGAUACUUGCAGGCAGCCAGGACCUAACCACCGCGGAUGUUCAGUAUACCCAUAGCAGCCUCGACUGGAUCACUGGGCUCUUGACAACCGUUACAUCGGGAGUCUAUAGCACUACAAGGAUUCUCGCGGAUAAUGUUUUCGAUCCGGUCUACAUGAUGCGCUUGAUCGAAGAGUACAAGGUCACGUGGAUCUUGCAGGCGCCCUCCCACAUGGCCAUGAUGGUGAAUUCUCGGGAAUUCGAGUCCGCGGACUUCUCCAGCAUCAGGAAAUACCUUUUUGGAGGAGGCAGGGCUUCCGUGGAGACACAGCAUCUGAUCAGGAGUCGCCUGAGCAGCGACUGUCUACACUUUGCCUACGGAUUCACGGAAUUGGGGGCCAUGGCGACCAUGAACUACCACUUCGAUGAGAAGCCCAACUCUGUGGGUCGCCUGGUGAGUGGCUUGAAGGCCAAGAUAAUCUCGGAAGAAGGCGAGUCCCUGGAUCGCGAUGAGGUCGGGGAGGUGUGCAUCCGCAAUGGCCAGCAUUGGGCGGGAUACUACGGCAAUCCCGAGGAAAGCCACAAAGUGCGCGACUCCCAGGGAUGGUUCCACACGGGGGAUCUCGGCUACAUGGAUGACGAUGGCUUCCUGUACAUUGUGGAGCGGAAAAAGGACAUGCUGAAGUACCAGAACAUCAUGUACUAUCCGAAUGAUAUCGAAACGAUCAUCUCCGAAAUGCCAGACGUCGCCGAGGUCUGUGUCUUUGGCGUCUGGGACCCAAUCAACGGGGAUGAGGCCGCCGCCGCAGUCGUCAAGCGGCAGGGAAGUGAUCUGAAAGCCCAGGACAUUAUAGACUAUGUGAGGGGCCACACGGAUGCCAAGUACAAGCAUUUGAAUGGCGGAGCCAUCAUCAUGGAGGAUCUGAAGCGCAGUCCCAAUGGCAAAACGAAUCGAAUGUCCACUAAGGCGUACUUCUUGGAAGUUAAGGAUCGAAAUUAAAUGAUAGAAGGAUACAACAA